UAUCCAUCGCUUGUACUUUCUCUAACCAUCGAUUGACCUUCGUCUAACCAUCGCUUGUACUUUGUCUAUCCAUCGUUUGUACUUUGUCUAACCAUCGCUUGUACUUUGUCUAUCCAUCGUUUGUACUUUGUCUAUCCAUCGCUUGUACUUUGUUUAACCAUCGCUUGUACUUUUGUCUAUCCAUCGCUUGUACUUUGUCUAACCAUCGCUUGUACUUUGUCUAUCCAUCGCUUGUACUUUGUCUAUCCAUCGCUUGUACUUUGUCUAUCCAUCGCUUGUACUUUGUCUAUCCAUCGCUUGUACUUUGUCUAUCCAUCGCUUGUACUUUGUCUAUCCAUAGCUUGUACUUUGUCUAUCCAUCGCUUGUACUUUGUCUAUCCAUCGCUUGUACUUUCUCUAACCAUCGAUUGACCUUCGUCUAACCAUCGAUUGUAGUUGGCCUUACCAAAAACUGUGCUUCCUUUAUCUAACGAUUGUACUUUGUUAAACCAGCUAUCGUACUCAGUAUGAACAAUGAUUAUGCAUUUUCUUGCGCUCAACCUUAGUUCACCAGUAAGAGUUUUUGAGACAUGGUGUUGGUCUAACUGUACCCAGAUCGUGUAUGAAAUAAUAACACCCCAGAUCGACAGCUUAACUUAUCCGCGAUUGUAGUGCAGUUUCAAUUUCCUUGUCGGAUUUUUUUUAUAGAAACUAUUUCCCCCUGAACUCAAAUAUUACAUGUAUGGCCUUACGUGUAAAUGAGUUUCAGGUCCUGCGUAUUUCUAAUAUUACACGACCUUUGCUUUUGAGCCAGUUCUACUUCCCUCUGUGCACGAUACUUUCGCUACCAGUGCAUGUUUAGAUUGCGGUGUAUGUAGUCGAUAAAGACACGUUUCCUUGUGACCAGGACACAAUUCGUAGUGUGUAUGAGGACUGUGUGACACUGAAGAUACAGGUCGACAUGUGCAUGACUGUGGCGCUCACUUAAACAUCGACAGCGACUGUAACCUGUCAGGAAUCUGCGUUAGUGUGAGACAUUGGUGGUAACCAGGACUGCAUCUGUGUGGCUUUGGGGUAAUCAGUACUGAAUCUGUGUGGCUUUGGGGUAACCAGUACUGAAUCUGUGUGGCUUGUGGGUAACCAGUACUGAACCAAUGAGGCUUGGAGGUAGCCAGUACUGAACCAGUGAGGCUUGGCGGUAGCCAGUACUGAACCAGUGAGGCUUGGAGGUAACCAGGACUGCAUCUGUGUGGCUUUUUGGGGUAACCAGUACUGAAUCUGUGUGGCUUUGUGGUAACCAGUACUGAACCAGUGAGGCUUGGUGGUAGCCAGUACUGAACCAGUGAGGCUUGGUAGUAGCAAGUACUGAACCAGUGAGGCUUGGAGGUAGCCAGUACUGAACCAGUGAGGCUUGGAGGUAACCAGUACUGAAUCUGUGUGGCUUGGGGGUAGCCAGUACUGAAUCUGCGUGGCUUGGAGGUAGCAAGUACUGAAUCUGUGAGGCUUGGAGGUAGCCAGUACUGAAUCUGCGUGGCUUGUUGGUAGCCAGUACUGAACCAGUGAGGCUUAGUGGUAGCAAGUACUGAAUCUGAGUGGCUUGGAGGUAGCAAGUACUGAAUCUGUGAGGCUUGGAGGUAGCCAGUACUGAAUCUGCAUGGCUUGGUGGUAGCCAGUACAGUGUCUGUGUGGCUUGGAGGUAACCAGUACUGAAUCUGUGAGGCUUGGAGGUAGCCAGUACUGAAUCUGCGUGGCUUGUUGGUAGCCAGUACUGAAUCUGCAUGGCUUGGUGGUAGCCAGUACAGUGUCUGUGUGGCUUGGAGGUAACCAGUACUGAAUCUGUGAGGCUUGGAGGUAGCCAGUACUGAAUCUGCAUGACUUGGUGGUAGCCAGUACUGAACCAGUGAGGCUUGGUGGUAGUCAAUACUGAAUCUGUGUAGCUUGGGGGUAACCAGUACUGAAUCUGUGUGGCUUGUUGGUAACCAGUACUGAAUCUGUGAGGCUUGGAGGUAGCUAGUACUGAAUCUACGUGGCUUGGUGGUAGCCAGUACUGAACCAGUGAGGCUUGGUGGUAGCCAUUACUGAAUCUGUGUGACUUGGAGGUAGCAAGUACUGAAUCUGUGAGGCUUGGAGGUAACCAGUACUGAACCAGUGGGGCUUGGAGGUAGCCAGUACUGAAUCUGUUUUGUUUGGUGGUAGCCAGUACUGAAUGUGUGUGGUUUGGUGGUAGCCAGUCCUGAAUCUGUGUGGUUUGGUGGUUGCCAGUACUGAAUCUGCGUUGCUUAGUGGUAGCCAGUACUAACUGUGUGGCUUGGUGGUAGCCACCUGCGUAUCUGUGGAGGUAACCAGUGCGGCAUCAGGAUAUCUGUGGAGGUAACCAGUGCGGCAUCAGGAUAUCUGUGGAGGUAACCAGUGCGGCAUCAGGAUAUCUGAGGAGGUAACCAGUGCGGCAUCAGGAUAUCUGUGGAGGUAACCAGUGCGGCAUCAGGAUAUCUGUGGAGGUAACCAGUGCGGCAUCAGGAUAUCUGAGGAGGUAACCAGUGCAGCAUCAGGAUAUCUGUGGAGGUAACCAGUGCGGCAUCAGGAUAUCUGUGGAGGUAACCAGUGCAGCAUCAGGAUAUCUGUGGAGGUAACCAGUGCAGCAUCAGGAUAUCUGUGGAGGUAACUAGUGCGGCAUCAGGGUAUCUGUGGAGGUAACCAGUGCGGCAUCAGGAUAUCUGUGGAGGUAACUAGUGCGGCAUCAGGGUAUCUGUGGAGGUAACCAGUGCGGCAUCAGGAUAUCUGUGGAGGUAACCUGUGCGGCAUCAGGAUAUCUGUGGAGGUAACCUGUGCGGCAUCAGAAUAUCUGUGGAGGUAACCAGUGCGGCAUCAGGAUAUCUGUGGAGGUAACCAGUGCGGCACCUGUGUAUCUGAGGAGGUAACCAGUGCGGCAUCAACACAGCUGUGGAGAAAUGCAGCACAGCACCUGUGUAACCAAAGCAACUAGUAUGGCAUCUGCUUAACUGUGUGGUGACCAGUACGACAUCUGGGAGAUUGUCAGACAUAGUCUGUGUGUAUAACUGUGACUCAAUAAGGCACAUGUGUAACUUUGGAGGCAACCAUUUCGCCGUCUAUGUAACGUUGGAAGUUCCCAAUACGAUAUCUAUGGAACUGAAGGAAGCCAGUUCGGCAUCUGCUUAACUGUGUGGGGACCAGCACGACAUCUGGGAGAUUGUCAGACAUAGUGCGUCUCAUCCUUAUGCUGUGUGUAUUACUGUGACUUAAUAUGGCAUAUGUGUAACUUUGGAGGCAACUAUUUCGCAUGUCACUUUUUAUCCUAGAUAUAUGUAUAUGAUUGUGUACAACUAAAUAAUAUUUGGCUGUUUGUGAAUAGAUAGGCUAGGAAUCGUUUUAGCUCUUGGGGAGGUCCCAGGAAAAGGAGAAGGUUCCAAAUAAGACACAUCACGGUCGGUAGAUGAUGACGUCAGAGACACUGCUUGCCCUCCUGUUGGUUGGUUGUCUAGUUAGUAUUUAUACCAGUAGCGGGGAGAUUCCUGACCCUUAUGGAAGGCCAUGUUAUGAAAACCUUUGUUGGUGUCGUAAUAACACUGCUAAUUGUAGUGGUAAUCACGACCGUUUAACAUAUAUUCCUAAACUGAGAACUGAGUGUGCUAUUACAAUUUUUCGCUUUGAAUAUAACUACCUUCCGUAUAUCGGACACAAUACUUUUGAAAACCUCACUACAUUAAACCUACAGCAUCUUAAUCUUGGACACAGCAAUAUAUCCCAUGUAUCUGAACGGGCCUUCAGGAAACUGACCAAGUUACAAAGCCUAACACUAAGUCAUAACCCUCUCAUUCUCACAAAACUGGCCACUGCUUUUCAUUCAUUGGCUUCUACUUUAAGUUACAUCUAUCUCAAUCACAUUGGCAUCAGCGACUCGGAUCUUGAAGAGAAUCUACUGAAGGGUCUCCAGAAAAGCCAAAUAAAAGGGAUCCAUCUUGCUGGAAACAAAUUGGCCAAAUUUAACUUUAGCCACUUUUCAGGGUUUCCUAAACUGAUAACUUUGAAUCUUGAUAGCAACAAGAUUAGGAUAUACCCAGAUAACUUCAAUCGGGUAUUUUCGAAGAUAAUUCGCACAUUGUGGAUUGCUGAUAAUAAUGUUACAUCGAUGCCUGAUUUCUGUUCCAAUGGUAAAUCUGCCUUCCCUAACCUGUACACCCUGCGAAUUGGUUACAAUCAGAUUUCGUAUCUGAAUAAGAGUAGUUUCGGUUGUUUGAGAAUGUGUACAGUAGCAUGUCUGACUGAUUUGGAAAUAUCGGGGAACCCCAUUCAAGUGAUAGGUAGUGAGACCUUCAGUUCAUUUAAGAGUCUUCAAAAGCUUAUUAUGAAACAGUUGUCAUCUCCUCAGACUGAUAUUGAUGACGAGGCAUUCAUAGGAUGCAACAGUCUCAACAAACUUGACCUCUCUGGUAUCAACAUCACCGCAGAAAAACUUGAUCACCUUUUGCGACCAUUACACAAAACAUUAAACUAUUUGAACUGCACCAACUGCAGCUUACAAAAAGUGCCCGGUGUUAUAUCUGAAUUAACUGGACUCGAGAUCAUUCUUCUAGGUCACAAUUUCAUUAGUUCGAUAAGCAACAACAUGUUUGUCAACAACAUCAAGCUUCUGAAUAUGUCAUUAUGUCACAACAAUCUCAGGUAUUUGGUUAUACCGAACUCCAUACGGAGUCGUCUCAUCUAUGCCAAUAUCGAAGGCAAUCCCUUCAAUUGUGACUGUGACUUACUUUGGUUGAGAACUUGGCUCGUCGAAGCCCGAAGUUUGUUCAGCCGUCGUUUAUCCUUUUAUACUUGUUUUAGCCCUCCGGAAACUAAAGGGCAGAGACUGGUGGAUGUUCAAUCUGUUACGUACUAUGAAUGCCUCUAUAAUAGCCGGUAUGUCUUUCUAGUGGUUGGCGCCGUUGUUGCUGUGCUGAUGUGUCUUUUAUGUUUCGCUCUUGGAUACAAGUGGAGGUGGGAUAUCCGCUACUUUCUAGUUUGGAAAAGGAGGACACGUAGCUCCUCAUCUGAAUCCAUACCUCUCCUGAUGAGUGACGUCUACCUUCUGUACUCGAAUGAAGACUUCGUGUGGGUCAGACAUCAAGCAUUGCCCAACUUGGAGGACAAAGGUCGUUUGAGGAUUUGUUUCCGUUCACGGGAUUUUGAUCCAAAGAUUCACAUCAUGGACAGCAUUGUGAAGAAUCUUAAUGGCUGUCGGAAGGUUCUCAUGGUCGUGUCCAACAGCUUCUGUAAGGACAUUGGGUGUCAGUUCGAGUUGUCCUUGGUACAGAAACGCUUAGAGGACCCCCACGAGGCGUUUGUUGUGGUCCUUUUGGAGGACAUCGAUGACAGGUAUAUGUCCGUGUUUCUAUCCCGUCUACUACAAGAUUGUAGGGUCAUGACUUGGCCUGGGCGUGGUGGGAAUGAAGUUGAAUUUUGGAAUCAAGUCCUGUUGAUGCUAAAUAGGUCAGACGAAUUACACACAAUGUAACUACAAUUUCAUUUGGACAAAACAAGGUUGGAAAUCUUUAAAUAUAUUGUAACAGUUUUCUUUCAGUAUACGACCCGUGAAGACCCGGGGUAGAAUAGGUCUUCAGCAACCCAUGCAGGCGACUAUGUUUGUCGUAAGAGGCGACUGACGCGAGCGGGUGGUCAGGCUCGCUGACUUGGUGGAUGCAUGUCAUCGAUCAUCGAUACUUAAAUUUUGUAUCCAUCAAUUGCCUAUGUUUUCGUUAUACUGAGUUUAGAGUGAAAAAGAACAUUGGACCGCUUUCAAUUAUUGUCCAAAUUAUGCUUUGUUUUCACAUGUUAUGUUAGUGGUGUUAGUUGUGAAAGGUUCUGCACACAUACAAAUACGUUUCCAAUUACAUAUAGCAGUUGUGGUGAUCGUAGUUUGUAGUUUAGUAUUCUGUUGAAGAAUUAUCCAUUAUACGGAAGCAAAUACUUUUGUAAAUCAGUAUAUAGCCCAGCAUUUCAUAAAUAUUCCUCCUACAUUAACUUGUACAUGAGAUUCGAAUCCAUGAUCAUUGGAUCAUAACACUGCUAAGGAGGCUUAUUAGGUACAGCGACAUCCGAUGCCUUAGACGAAUGGACCAUCCAUGUCUCCUUGGCGCCGUGAAAGAUGUCCAAUUGAAAGUUUGAAGUCACAGCGUGGUAUUCACAUUGACAUUGUAAGGGAUAUGUUAGUGUUACUUUCAGACGGAUGUUGUGAAAACGAAGUCAUGGCUGGUACACUGUAGCAACAUGUACUAUAUCUCAUAAAAGCAAUGCUCACUAGGUAACUAGGUCCAGUGCUGCUGGGAUAGCCUAGUGGCUGAAACAUUCCCUCGUCUCGCGAAAAUCCUGAGUUCGAAACCGCUCAUGUACAAUGUGUGAAAUCCAUUUGUCAUUUUGUGAUAUUACAGGUAAAUAGAAAAAGGAGCGUAAAACUCAAUUCUCUUAUUAACUGAAAUUGCAGGUAUUUUAAUACCGUGUUCCAAAACAGAAUGUCUUCGAAAUGAUAAAUCGGAUGGAGUACUUUAAUCUGAGAUUCCUGUCUGUUGUCUACUGGCAAAGUCGGACAUUAUACCGCUUAACGUGACGGUUUUUUCAGAAACACAUAGCUGCGAUUUUACUGUGUGGGAUGGAGAUAUUCCCGGAAUUAUAUUUUACAAUUAGUUUUGCUGAUCAAGCUUCUUGUGACAGUAAAUAUUUUACGAAUGGGUUUUAUUGUCACCAGACAUAUGUAUUAUUUGCGAUCUAUUAAAAAACAUGUCUCCAACUUGAAA